GUGGCGGAUGCAGUCUUGGCAGGCUCUUGCGCGAGAAGAAGAGGGAGACGCGCAUGCGCCCUGCGCAGCCUUCGAGCAGACGUGUGAACGUGAAAAUCCGUAGGUUUUGAUACAUACGGUUUCGUUAGUUGUGUUAUGUGAAGUGUGGCAUGGGUCUGGGCACGUGUGGCGGUGCGGGCUGCGACGACGCAUGUCCUACGCCAGUGCGGAUCCGGUUGUUCGUCAGCGUUGUGUUGUGAAUGGGCUUCGUGUGCAGUGCUGGUGACAAGAAGUGGAAUUGGUACUGCUGCGGCUACUGGUGGUUGGGCAGACGAAAUUCCUAGGCCUAACGAUAUUCAGCGAUUCAUCGAAAGAUGCACAGUGGUACUGCCGACAGACUCCGGAUAGGCAACGAAGUGAGGGAACUGAAACUUGGCCGCAGUUUCUCAAGCAGCUCCGGCUCGGCAUUCCAUUCCAUUAGGUACGACUUCAAGCCGGCCUCUGUAGAUACGUCCAAGUCUGCCAACGUCGAAGUGGGGGAGAAGAACCAAAUCACUGUGACUGUGCCGCACAUCGAGAACCCUCUGUCCCAGGGCUCCGGUACGGCGCACACGGUGUUCAAGGGCUCGCAGCGGCCAUACCAGCGGGAGUGUGUCCUGGUCGUCGACAACGUCACCGGUGAGGUGACGCUCGAGAGGCUCAGCUGUAACAUCCAGCUCAAGAAGACCAGAGCCGAAGGGAGCAGCAAGAUCCAGCCACGGCCAAUCACCCCUAUCGACAGUGGCAGCAGUGGUGGUGGAGGAUCGCGCAAGCAUUCUCCCUCGCAGAAACUCUCCCCUCCUCAGCCGCAGACGAAUGGCAAGCACAGCUGGUCCUCGAGCUCGCCGAAUGGGCCCCAGCAAUCACAGUCACAAUUGCAACAGCAGCGCACUAGCCAACAGCAGCCAAGGAUCUCUCCAAGCCAGCCCCAAGCACCGCGUAGCAGCCCCCCUGGCAGCCAGAGCAGCCCCUCCAUGCCAACCCUGCUGACACCUCGGGAGGGAGGCGGCUCCUCGAGCCGGGCUCCCUCGGCCAGCAGGGACAGCAUGCCGCUGCUGACCACUGAGACCCUCCAUGACUGCCAAGAAGAAGUUCCUGAUGUGGGCGUGUUGUCGGACUCUAGUGAUUCAAGCAACUCUACUAGCAAGAGCUCUGCCAGCUCAGACUCCAGUGACUCUGAACAUGAGGAUGCUCCACCGACACCACAGAAAAACUCUUCCUCUCAGCCUUCCCACUCUUCCAGGGGUCAUCAUGCCACAGUAAAUGGAACAAAUGGCCAGCACUCCAAUAAUGCUUCCUUCUCAAGCAUGCCCAGGUUUAGCCAACUGAGUGAAGAUCUGCACUUAAGUGAAUCUGGCAGCGACAGCGAUGACUAAGCACUCACAGCCAACAGCAGGUCACGUAGCUCCAAGCAACAUUAGCAUGACUAAAAAAAAGAAUGGGCGUGUCUCCUCGUCAACUUGAAGACAAAGAGGCACAGUCUUGAGGAGGUGAAAGGACUUUAGCACACAAACACACACAGCCACGGCGCUUCUCCCUGUUUUCUCUCACUCAGACGGAACAGAGUGGGCACAACGAGAGAGACUAGCAGUUUUUUUUUUUUUUCUUCUUCUGUCCUACGCGUGGCACUAGGGAAGCCAGCACAGCGAGUUCUGUUAAUGUGGAGCAGUGACUUCAUCUUGUUCUGUUUCUGUGUCGUUUCUGUAUGCCUGGGCAGUGCAGUGUGUUUCGUGUGUUGUUUUUUAUGUUGUAUUUUCCUCAUUGUUCAUAGUGUGCCUGCGGGAAUGUUUGAGCACGUUAUUUGUGCUUUAUUACCAAUGCCUUUUCUAUCGUAUCUUUUUUUUUUUUCUUCACAUUUUGUGUUUUGUUUGUUUCGUUUCGGCAAUGUUUAUCGCACAAAAGAAAGAACACUGGUGGAAAAGACUGUUGCUAUUCAUAAUUCACAUGCGUGCCAACAGCGCAGAUUAAUUGUGCUUUGUUAAUUCCUGAUUACUACAAAAGCCUCCUAAAGAAAUAAAGGGAUGAAUUUAUGGUACUGAGGAAUCUUGUCACAUACCAUUUACUUAAGCUUAAAAUGUUGCCACUGUUGGUUUAAUUUGCUCAGUAGGGGAGAGGCUUAUAGAGAUGAAUUAUUACUGACAACAAUCAUGACUGCAUAACAAUUCUACUCUAAUUUCAUAUUGUUCACCCUUUAGCAUCAACUCAGAUGCCCCACUGCCAUUAUUGCUGGAAUUGGCUGUUUGAUAGGAUGGAUGGCAUGAAAAGAAUGGGCUCAAAAAAAAUUUAUUGCAUCAUUUGUCGUGGGAUGCACUUCUAGGAUUAUGAAGUCUCGCUUAAAUUGUGGCAAAUGGACUCAUUUAAGUCUCUCAUUAGUGCAUAACUGCUUCAUGCAUAGUAUUUACAGGGUCAUGCACUUUGCUCACAAUCUAGAAGUGUGCUUGGAUUGUGUCUUGAAUGAGUUUACACGAUCUGCUUGAUGAGUAAUAAUUCUGCCUCUUAUUCGUGACAGGCUGUGCAACAGCAGGAAGCAAUCUGUACAGCAUAAUGCUGCCAAUGUAGUGCUUAGCGCUACAAGGCUUAUACUUAUCACACAGAUAAUGGAGGCAACAGCAGCCUUGUAAUGUUCCCACUAUAGAGUUUCCUGCAGUACUACCUAGGGGGAAAUCUGGCGCCACUGUCUGUGCAAAUUUCUCAAGUUGCACUGUGGCACCAUGGAAACGCCAGGAUAAUUAAGGUUCAGUUUUCCUUGAACACCACUUGACCUAAAGCAUAGUCAUGGCUGCGCAAAUAAAGGUCUCCCGAAAAUAAAUCUUCAUAAUAUGUCUUCGUUCUCCCGUACUAAAUCUUGCAUUAAUGUUUACUUAUGUACCGCCAUCGUAACUGCCGGGGCGAGGCUGAACUGCAUUGAGCCCAUGGUUAGAACAUACUUGGCACCCAACUGGGCGCCAAUCAUGUUCCAACUGGGCAGUUGCCAUACUGAACGUUUCCUCAGCAGUCACCAACAUGACCAUGUGCUUGGCCAGGCUGGCUUCUGCAAGAAAAUGCAGUGGCUCAUCACUAUUCAGCCACUGCAUAAUUUCUUGUCCUGCAGUCUAAGGUCAAGCUGAGAAGAAAACUCUGGCAGGAAUCUCUCUGUUGAAAAGCAGGUACCACCAUAGCUGAGACAACUUAUACGCUAUACACCAUUGACAUGCAGCUGUGUCUCUACUUUAGCCAACUACAUGAUAGGGCUGGGCAGAUGGUAGAGCCACAGUUGUAAACUCCAUGGGAUGUCUAGCAGGAGGGCGCCGUUCUUCUUACGGCUAAUCCAUGGUCAUAAGUGGGACUUGGCAGAUGGCAAUGCAGAGCCAGUCCUUGCAGUUGUGCUGGUUCAGAUGUCCUUGGUCCCUAAUUAGGUGGUGGCUAAGUAGCGAUGAGCUUCCACAUUUUUUAUGUUAACCAGCCUGGCCAUGGGCAUGGCCUUGUUGGUGUUGACGGAAAAAUCGGCUAAAAUGGCAAUUGUUCAGUCGGACGCCAAGCAUGUUCUAACCACUAGCUCAGCGCAUUUUUGCCUCAUCGUCCCAACAGUUACGAUGGCACUACACCCACAUAUUGUAUAACAAGUAAACGAAGAAAAUGGUAACAUGCAAAUUGACACACUGUGAGCAUGUGAAACAUUCUUGUCUUUCCUCCAACUUUUAGUGACCCACCGGUAAUGGUCUCAUUCAAUGUAACUAAGCCCUAGCAUAAGUGCUGAUGUUCUGACUUUUCUUUUUAAGUUUCUUGCAUAAUAAUAGAGGAAGAAAGCAGCAUUUCGCACAAUAUAUAGAUAGCGGAGACUAGACCGUUGCGGCAGGAGGAACAGUGGUUGCCACUUGCAUCUUCAAGCUAUCCUGGCUCUCCGAAAAAGGUGCCCAUCCAACGGUGCACCCACUUACUGGCAUUCCCAUGCAUACAACAGUACAGCAGCGCCAUUUUAUUCUCUAGAUAACUGUAAGAAACUCUAUGGUCCCCACCAUGAGCACAAAAGACUUGGCUGGGCAAUUAUUCCAAAUCACAUUAUGAGAAAUAGUCAUAUAAACAUUCUUCCAUAAACAUGCCUCCACGUACUAGCAGGUGGCGCUGUGGCAAGCCCUUGCUUUUCUUAAUUUCUACAAGUGUGCCACCAUUAGCGUUGGUUAAGUUUCUACGCAGAGUGUAAACCAGUGCUUGAAUUUAAUUCUAAUUCAUAUUGCUUUGCGCAUUGCAUUACCUUUUGGAAUGUUGAUUUAUAAUUGCCUGCCACUGUGAACCGCAUCUUUGUACUGCUGUGCCAUCAAUAGGGGGCUGCUCUUCAACCAUGCCGAGUGUUAGUAAAGAACACAGUUGUACUAUUAUUGGCAAAAGUUUUAGCAAGUGUGAUGUAUCGUUCUUGAUUGUCAAAUUUUGCUCUAUGUGGCUUUUUUCCAUCCCAUAACAAGGCUUAUUUCCUGUUUAGCCAAAGUGAAUCAGAAAGGUAAAAUUUUUAUAUUUAUUUUUUUAUCGCCAGUGGAUGCUGCCUGUGUGACACUAUGCAAACAGCCUGGUGAUAACAUAACCAUUCCAAUCAUGUUUUAUAAAGAAAGCACUAAAUAAGUUAACAAUAUUCAGACAUAGCAGCAACUGUGGAACAUCUACAGUCAAACCUGGAUAUUUGGAAUCUGAAGGGGAUCACAAAAAGCUUUGAUAUGUAGGUAAUUAGAUAUAUAAAGUAAGAAUUUUAUAUAAAAAUUUUCAGGAUUUUACUGCUGUUUGUUAUACACAAUAAUUCGUUAUAUGUGGGUUCGAUAUAUCGAGGCUCAACUGUAUUCCUAAAGUGCCACAAUAGAUUGGCUAUUUUUUUGUAACCCUUCCAUGCAUUAGUAGCAUGCUGCAGGACUUUCUUUUUCUGAAUUGUUGCAGAAUCGUGCAGGUAUGCCACUAUGCUGUGCUUUGGCAAUCAGGUGUCUAUUGCCUUUUGGACAAGCAUCUGGCAACAAGAAAAAAUAUACUUGGUUUUUCAAUUUCAGCUCACUGAAUGCAUGAUAGAGGUGGUAGAAGUUGAAUUCACUUCUGAAUAGUUUUGUCUUGCCUCUUGAUAGCACAGAGACCUGUCUUAAUUUGCUUGCUCUUGCUUGCAUGUAUUUACAUUAGCCAUGUUUUAACAUAACCAGCUAUUCAGAAAGUGUCACAACUUUUUUUUUUUUUCUGAGCACCAUCACAUGUUGGCCUGUACAUUGCAAUGUUGCUCUUUAAAUGUGUAACAAUAGGCUAUGAGCUUAAUGUCUUGUGGAGGAUAGAGUUAGAAGAAAAGUUAUAGUGCAGCAUAACUUUGUGGUCGGCGACAUAAUAAAGUACAUAAGUUCUUAUGUUAAGCAACUUCAUUUUUGUUUUAAUUACGUAGCUUUAGGAGACAUUUUUUUUUUUUUUGCAUGCCUACAACCUACAAACAGCAACUACUACCCUUUUUCAAGUCAUGCAUGUAAGCUGCCUGAUGUGACACUGCUAGUUUUGUUGCCUUUGUUUAGCUUGCAUAUAGCCACUUGAUUUUUAUAAAUGUUGUGACACAAAGGUUCAGAAAAAAAUUGUGCCCCUUGUUCGUUCAUUCAUGUUACCAACUCUUUACGUAAUCAGGCCGCAGAUUAUGACAUUUUUAUGUUGCAUAAGCUGAGCAGUAUCUAAAAGUUUAUAGCAAUAUUGAAAAUCAGAAAAAGUUACUUCAACGACCUCAGGUAUGUUCCAUUUCUGCAUACAGAUAUUUCACACUUGAUGCUAUAUUUGAUAAUGCUUGCCUCAGUCACCAAUAGGAGAAACUAAUUCAACGACAAUAUAGUGAAGCUGAAGUGAGGUAUUGCGGACAUUUGUCGGUAGUGUUACAUAUAAGCCUUCGAAGGUUACCGUUGUUUCUUGCAGCGACACAGGUUUUAUGUACCAAAUAGUCUUUUGCGAGCACCGAGGAGCUACCCUCGCACUGCGUAUUAGAUCAGAAUGCGAUACGUUCCGAAAAGAUGGGAGCACCAAAGACCAAUUUGAUGAACUUAUAAUACCUGUAUUUGUUAGUCUUUAUGAAUGAAGUUUCAGCAGUGUGACAUGGAGUCCCAACAAAGCAAAGUGCCUUUAUUAUUUAAGUGUAUGACAUACGAAAACUGAAACAAAUAAAACAAGGUGAGCAUUCCUAACCAGUGCCAUGAAGUGGUCUUGUUUAAAGGAGGCUCAGACUUGACUGACACAGCAAAGUGCACAAGCAGCAGAAAGAUGACCAGAAUCACGCUUUUGUAAAUUAAGUGUCAAAUGCACAUAGAAUUAUAGAGAAGGUUGGGCUAGUUGGUGCGUAUGCCAUAAUUGAGACAUAUUAACUAGCAUUAAAACGCCGCAGGAUUAUAAUGUAUCCUUUUUGCUUCUCGUUCUAGUCCUACGUCUUUUUAGUGGUAUUUAAUGUCUGAAUUCUCAAAUGCACAUAACAUUGCUCAUACAUAUUUAAUCGAUGACUGACAGUGCACACCACGGCUGCUUGCAUAUGUAAUUAGCACAGAGUGUUCGGGUGGCAGUGCUUGGUUUGGUGGCUUGUCGACAUCCUGUUCUGCUGCUUGCAGAACGUAAUUGCAGGGUCCCUGUAGUGCAGAGGAAUCGCGAGGUGGUAUCUUCUACAACCUAGUCUUCCUUGUUGAAGACUUACACAGGCCAACGUUGAAAGUUUAUAUGAGAGUGCAGAUCUGCCCUGGUUCUAUUCUGUGUACUAUUACGUGCGUUUGUGCCUGAUCCAUGAAAGCUGUGUUGUGUGUCGUCUAGUGUGAUAUGACAAGCUUCAUUGCUGUAGCUACAAAAGUAGACAUUGUGUGUGUCUUUGUCAUGAGCUGACAGUUCUUUUGUCCCAUGUUCUUGGCAGUUUCAUGAAUGAGAAAGUGAUGAUGCCCUCCCUACCCAAACUUAUCAGUGCAGUCUUGUAUGAUGUAUGCGAGUUAAUUGUGGCCUUAAAAAACCAGCCUGUGUGUGGUUUGUUCAAUAACUUUUUUUUUCUUUGUACAAUCUGCCAACUUUUGACUACUACUUCUGUUUGUUAAGAUUUGUUGGAAGCGAUGUACAAACAUGCAUUUACCACAGCUGUUUGUCUAUUAAGGCACACACAUUUGUUGCAAUGUGGGGAAAGUGCUACUCUCAGCCUGCCUUACAUUUUAUAUGUGUCGUGUAUGUAGAGUUCAUUCCCAAGUAGCUAUGAAGAGUGUUUGCUCACUAGCAACUUGUCUUGAGAUCUUGAGGCAAGAAUUGCUUCGCACUUGAGUCGGCCCAUAAAGCCCAACCGAUGUUGGUGCGGACUGUUUCAAGCUUCUAGUUGUAACAGGCCAUGACAAGAUGUUGCAAGUGUAAUACAUUUGAACGAUUAUCAUCUUAGCAAUGUUUUUUUUAUCUUUUUUUUUUCUUUUUUUUUUUGGUGUGCACAGUGUUGUUAGAGAAUGAGAAUUGUGUGCUGCUGGCAGUUUGGAUUUUUUUUUUUUUUUUUUUUUUUUUUUUGCUGUCAAGCUCAGAAUACCCAAGUAGUCUGUCAUAUGCACCUGGUCAUUUGUUGUUGAUUUUUUCCAAGGUGUGAGUGUGUGCCAAGGCUUGUGGAAAUAAGAAAGAGGAAGUGGGUAUUGUGAGGAGGGGUAACUCGCUUGUAGUCUCAAGUAUUGUGUACUGCCGUAAAAUUUGCUCAAGGCAGCAUUUCCAGGAAUGUUGUGUACGUUUAGCAGCCCGUGAGCGGAAGAACAAUGCUAACUUGCCACUUAACCUGAGAGACACUGAAGGCAUGCUGUGUAUAGAAGCAUGGCAAACGUUUUAAUAGCGCAGUAUCAGUGAUUACAUUACUCUGCAUUCACAAGUUCACCACCAAGAAUGGGAAACCUUGCACUGGUUUCAUUGCUGCGAAUGCAAGAAAAUGAAGUGAGAGAGCCAAGAUACUGUAAUGUUUGGUGAGGUUUCAUCUAGGUUCACGGCAGUGGAAUGCACAUGGUAAUGAUUCUAGGGCCACCUGUUUUCCUUGUACUGUAGCACAGCACGUUAAUAGUUUUGUGAGCCAGCGUAUUCACUUACAAGCAGUGAGUGUGAGGAAUGAAGGCCUGUUGGGCAGCUACGACACGUAUCCCCUCGGCACUGCUUGAGAUGGCUUGCAUAACCAGCAAUUUUGACCAUGCAAAAGCGCACAGGAAAUUUUGUGCACCUCAGGAAGCAUGUAGAUGUGAAUCACGUUUGUUACGAAUGCUGUUAAGCCUGUGUGUUCUGGUUUUUUAUUGCUGAACAAGGUGCCUAUUCUUACCAUUCUUGGAGUAUUUAAGUAUGGAACGUUAAGGAAUAUUACCUCAUGUGCUGCUGCGCAUUUAGCCGCUGUUCUUCCCCCACGGACGAAUGCACGCACGCGUCUAAGGACUCUGCUGUGCUGCUCUUUAUUUUUUUUUCUUACAUUCCUGCACAAGCCUGUGCCCCAAGAUUCUGCCUCCAGUAGAAUUUUGUGUCCAUGCAUUACCAGCUGUGAUGACUUAGCCUCGUCAGCAGAACGAGAUUACGAGGUUCUCCAUGAAACAGGAGGGAGGCUGAAAAAAAGUAUGAAAGGAGUGACUGCAGGCAGCAUGCGUUUUGUCUUGUGUUGCACCUGUGAAAACUUACCAGAUGCACCUCGUUUAGAGUUGAGAUGUUGGCUUUCCAGAACUAGUCAUGUGGUUUAGAGUGGAGAGAGAGCAGCGGAGUUGGCAUUUGCAAACAAGAUUUUUUUUUCCAUUAUUUUACCUUUGAUCCCCACCCCACCUUAACUUCGUUUCAGUCUUGGUCUAUAUUGUGUCAAUGUCUGCUUGGAGUGUAUUGAUUGUUGGCAGAAAAAAAAGAGAAAAAAAAAACCGUGGACAAUGUUGCUAGUGCAGCUGUGACUGUUAGUGACCACUGUUGCAGCUGACAAUGCUGUUUUUUCUUCUUUCUCUCCUUCUUCCUACUGUCAAUGAAAAUAUGAGCAUUGCAUUCCUUGUGCCACUGUUGAUGCAAAUGCACAUGUUACACGUACUUGAUAAUGUUUGUCCGAGAAGCAGGGUGGUGAUAACAAUGAUACUCUUACCUCUUACAUAAAAAAAAUUGCAAUGUACUUGUUUGGUAAACGCAAGCUGCAGUGUUGAAAAUGUUCUUCUUUUCAUUUCCUUUUAUUAGUCAACACACUGGAAGUAAACCUCAAGCGUCCCAAGCUUUGUAUGUGACUCUGAUGACCUAUGCAUGUGGCUUGGUUUCUUGAGUAGCUACAAAGUAGAUAAGAUGUUUUAUUAUAUUAUUAUUAUUAUUAAAUAUACAAGUUUAAACUGC